AUGUUGACGGCAGCGUUGUUCUCGACGUUGUGUAUUUCUCGACUUGUUUACGCACUGUCCCAGGUGGCCUCUAGCGCGACUGCACCUCCCUCAGAGAGUACCAGUGUGCCCGUGGUCUCUAUUUCGACUGCAGUAGCCAGCGCCUCUGGCUCGCCCUCGGCUGUAUUACCUUCUCAGAUCCCCUUGCCACCCGUGCAACCAUGGUGUCCAAGCAACAUAUUCUGCGCAGGAGCUUUACUGCAGACUGUCAACCUGGCUGAAGUAUACAGCGACCCCAAAACCAUCGUGGACAAACCCACAUCGGAAACGUCGCAGCAGGUUGUUGCAGACUUCAAAGCGUUCGCAAGCGGGAACAUCACGGAAGGUGACAUCGUGAAUUUCAUGGACAAAGACUUCCGUGGCGAAGGAUUGGAGCUCGAGGGGGUCGAGCUGCCAAACUUCAAUCCUUCCCCGCCAUUUCUGGACAACGUAACGGAUCCCCUGUUGAAGGCCUGGACGCAAACCGUGCACGGAUUUUGGACGCAGCUCGUAAGGUCGACUAACGACUCUGCGCUCUGCCCGGAAGGUACAGAAAGCGGAAGUUGUGAGAGCAGCUUCAUCCCAUUGAAUCACACGUUCGUCAUACCUGGCGGUCGAUUCCGGGAGCAAUACUACUGGGACUCGUAUUGGAUUAUACAGGGAUUGAUUCAAUCGCAGCUGUACGAUAUCGCGAACAAUACUCUGCAAAACUUCAUGGACGAGAUUGAGCUGUUCGGAUUUAUUCCGAACGGCGGGCGAAUCUAUUAUCUGGACCGCUCACAGCCUCCGUUGUUCGUCCGUAUGAUAUCGGACUAUGUCUCCGCAACGAAUGAUACCGCCAUCCUUGCUCGUGCCCUCCCACUGGCUGAGAUAGAGCUCAGUUGGUGGGCAAGCAACCGCACGUUGAAUGUGACCAGCCCGUACACCAAUCAGACAUACUCCAUGGCGCAUUACGCUGUAAACAACAGUGCUCCUCGUCCAGAAUCGUACAUCACUGAUUAUUUGACCGCUAAUGAUCCUACACUGAGUGUUCCUCUGAACGAAAGUGAACGUGCAGAGCUAUAUUCGGAGCUUGCCAGUGGUGCGGAAACCGGUUGGGAUUACUCUUCUCGCUUCGUCAAAUACCCGUUGGCCGGUGGUUCCAAUGAUACUAAUACUGCCUUACGCGCUCUCAAUGUCAAGAACAACAUACCCAUUUGUCUCAACAGCAUUCUUUACAAGGCGCAUAGUAUUCUUGCGAACUUUUAUUCGUCGGGAGGGUACAGUAACUCUUCGUUGGCGUCCUCUCACGUUUGGACGGCGUCGCAGCUCCGAGCAGGUAUCCUCGAUCUCUUCUGGGAACCAUCUAAGCUAGCCUUCUACGACUUCAAUCUCACCUCGCAAAGCCGCAACAGCAUCUACACAACGGCCACCUUUUAUCCUCUGUGGAACGGUAUCAUUCCUGACGAGGUCCUCAAUUCGAACGCAAGCGCGUUCGGCCUCUUCGCCGCUCUCAAUAUGGUCAUGAACAGAUACAACGGUACAAUGCCGGUGACCUUCUUGGAAUCCGGACUCCAAUGGGACGCUCCGAACGCCUGGCCUCCGCAUCAGUACAUUGCGCUUCAGGCCCUCAAUUCACUCCCAGUUGACAUUGCCGCCGCGGGUUUGCCCACACCUUCCGGUAACCAGUCCACCUACGACCUCAUUCCGUCCGGGCAGCUUGGCUUAUCCGAGGACGAACUGCCUGGACAACCUAUGAUUGGGACCGGCGGGAAUGCCACGAAGACUGGUCCCUCAGCUGACGUGAGUACUCUGAACGGCACGGUCGUGAACGGCGGAAAUGCUACGUCGGGAGAAGGCUGGGCAGCGACGUUGCAGAGGGAGCUGGCGAACCGUUACUUCGCCAGUGCACUGUGCAGUUGGCAUGCAACUGGCGGGUCGAUCCCUGGUGUAUUGCCGCGGCUAUCGGAUGCGGAGUUGAAUGUCACCCAGAGCAUAAACAAUACUGGCAACAUAUUCGAAAAGUUCUCGAUCAGCGACGUCGACUCCUCCGGAAGUGGCGGAGAGUACACUGUUCAAGCAGGAUUCGGGUGGACGAAUGGUGUGGUACUCUGGAUGGCAAGCACGUAUGGCCACAUACUGGUUGCCCCAGACUGCCCGGACCUGCUCGCCAUUGCGAACAGCACGAAGCCAGCUUCCAGCAAUACUAAGAACGCAGCGUCGAGCGCUCCAUCUGCUCCGUCUUGUAUGACGUUUGCGGUGGGACUUGUGGUCGUGAUUAUUGGUAUUCUGGGAUGA